UUCUUUUCUUUUUUUUUUUUCUUUUGUACCAUUGUCAAAAUUUCCCUAUUUCCCCAUAAUCAGCAUACACUCAUGUUAUAGCCGGCUCAUCCCGUUUCUUUCUCUCCCCAUAAGUUUCUCUUUUCCUUUUUUAAUUUAUUCCCUUCUGUGUAAUAAGAUUUAUUUUAUUUCAUUUUAUUCCUUCCCCCCACUUCUUCUUUCUUGAACCGGGAAAUCAUUACAAGAAGAAUAAUAUUCCACCUCAGUGCAUGCCGAAGGCCAGCUUGCAUUGCAGGUCGACACGGACAUACGCUCAGCAAGCCAGCGACUCCACUCAGCCCACCGAAUGUGCCAGAUCGCCCUUCCGCCGUCUCCAAGCAAACCCUCUCAAAUCCAGAGGCUUGAUCAACUGCGGGCGCCACCGGAGACCGGGGGUCUUGGACGGUGGUCCACUGACGUUGAACAAACUUGGAUUUGCUCCUGCGCCCAAGUGGCUAGCGCCUGGUCCAUCCUAGCCGUUGGAUCGCACGGGUGGGACUGGGAGGUGAUGGAUUGUCGUGUUUGAUUAUGUGGGUAUUCCCUAAUGAUUUUUUUUCUUUGUUCUUGAUUUUGUUUCCCCCCCC